UUAUAAUUUAGGAUCCUUGCCACGACUUUUACUGCGAUUUUUCCUUCGAGAUUUACACGAACACUUUUUAAUUUGCUUUGUUUUCGGAAGUUCGCUCUGUAUUUGUUGCCACAGUUUAUUUUUCAAAUAAGAACCAAAGCAAGUAAGUCCACAGUCUCUGAAAAUAAUCAUUAAAAAAGCAAAUGGAAAAAUCUUUAAAUCUUCAUAAAAAUUAUGCAAUUGUCUUAGUAAAAAAUUGAUGAAUCGAUAGAGAUAUUGAAUCCACAAAGACUAUUGAUAAAUAUAUUCUUAACGUGAUGUAAAUUAUUAUGAAUCAUCGACAAUAUUUAUUUUCUUUUUUGUCUUGUUCAAUGAACGUAAAUGUUUACUUGGCGUAAAUUUUGUUGGAACAUACGUAAGUAUCGUGUAGUCGACCGUUUUAGUAACGUGCAAUGUAAGUAAGAAGAAGGUCAUUGCAGUUCCGUAACUAAGCGCUGCCAUAGACGAUUUGUUAGCUACGAAGGUUUCGGCGGCCUCGUUAAAUCCAUAAUCUUGAAGAGUCUAUUAUCGAGGAAUCUUAUGAGAGAGCAUGAGAAUAAAAUAUAAAAAGCGAGAGAGAGAUCACGCUUACACAAGCGCGUACAAAGGUAAGCGAAGUCUUUUAAUUGUUAUCGCAACAAAUGCGAUCAACGGAAUGAACGGGAGAUCGUUACGUUACGUGGCAAAUGGCCUUGGGUAGAGAUGUUAGCAUGAGAACAUCGAUGGGUGUCCAGAUGCAGGCAAUCGAGAACUCCAGGAAGAACGUUGUCGUGAGAAACUAAAUAAUUAAAAAGAAAAAAAUGAAAGAUUUGAAUAAUCUAAUAUUUUAAAAAUCGUUUUAAUUUAAAUUCAAGUAAAAUAACCUCGUAAAAGCAGAGUAAUAUUGGAUUAGGUUUGCGAAAGGAUUGUGGAAAAAGCGUUGAUUUAACCACGAUGAUGUAGACUCCAGCAGCAAAGAGAAAACUCGUGAUAGGUGGUCCUGUGGUUAAAGGUUCACCAUAAUCGUCCUCUAUCGCAUUGGCGAAACACGUUUUAAAAAUGGACACAUUUAAGCUGUUCAGCAUCAACGCCCAUAUCGUGCAAAAUAAUUUUGCCAUUACGGAGAUCGACGGACAUCUCCAUCAGCAAUUUUUUCCUUCUUUCUAAAGUCGAGAUAUCCAAGGAAUAUCUACGACAUUGCUGAUAUCUCGAGUUAUCGAAAUAAACUACUUUCUUUUCGAUUUCUCAAAUUUAUAAAAGAAAGAAAUUCAAACUGCGACGACGAUUUUGUUAAAUCUCAAUGAUUAUCUUUUGUUUAUUUUCUUUCUCUCUCUCCCUCUCUCUCUCUCUCUCUCUGUCUCUCUGUCUCUCUCUCUCUUUAAUUUUGAUGUUGACAUUUAUGUAUGUCUGUAACCUAACUAACAUGUUCCGGUAACAUGUUUAAUUGACGGCGAAAUUGAUGGUAGAUCUAAAUGAUAACACGUUAGCUUAAUAUACAAUAUGGACACCGUCAAGGAAUACGUCGGAUAUAUUAAUCCUCAUUGGGUAGCUAUAGUUUCAGCAGGAAUGUACACUUAUCUCAGACACAUAUGCAUAGUCGGUUUGUGUUUCGAAGAGGAAAAUAAUCCACCUUUUGAUCCAUCUUAUUCUUCGAUACUUUUCGUUUUCUCGGCUUUAUGCCUUGUUGCUGAGUACAGACUCUGGCCAAGAUCAUUGAAAGAACCACCAAUACAACUUCUUUAUAUUUACGAGAUGUUGAUGGCUGCUUUGGCAACAAAUCUUGUAACUCGAGCUAUCUGGCUACCAUUGAUGCAUGUAAUAUAUUGCUUAACUCAAGAGUCGAGUAAAUGGUUACUAUGGUUAAACACGACGAUAGGUUUGAGUCGUUAUUCGUUUGUGACGACAUUCGCUUAUUAUCUGGCCAAGGAAAAUGCGGCUACACAUAUGGCUUUUUGCUUAUCUUUAUUGUCUUUCGUGUGGAUGUUGGAUGCCACUGAAUCACUGGACACAAUUUUGGAUAUCUGGGCCAAGUAGUAAAAUAAAGACAAAAUAGUAAGAAACGCGGAAAAUUAAUAAAACACGUCCAAUCCUCGUUAGAUUAUUAUAUCCUUGUUGCGAUUUUAUAUUUGUAAUCGACCGAUUCCUUUACCUUUUAAAAAAUAUUAGUAAAUGAAACUUUAUUUAUUUAUAUCUUUUUUCCAAUUAUUUAAAAAGAAAAAAAAAAGAAAAAACGAUAUAUUCUUUUAUAUAAAUUGGACAGUAUUUUUCGAUGAAAUCAUAAAUAUCUUUACAUUAACUCAUUAGACAGGUAAAGGAUUAAUCAAAUUACUUUUGUUCAGUAUCGAAGAAACAUUUAAGGAAUCUUUGGAAUCUCAUAAGCUUCUCGAGAAAAGGAUCUCUUUUCGAAAUCCCGAAGUAACUGAUUGGUUUACUUACAGACUUGCGAAUAAACCUGAUCCAUAAAAAAAUUCAAAGAUGUUAUUAAAUCAAUGUUGUUCGUUAUCUGUCCUAUCGUCUUGUUUCACGUUUGUGUCUCACAAAUAUGUGAUACCUUUGUCCUACUGAUAAAAAAUAAAAUCUUUCAAAAAAGCAAAACUUAUUUCGUAGAGUCAAUGGUUUCAUUGUGAAUAAAAUUUCUAAUUAUAUCUUUUUAUUCGUUCAAUUACAUUUAUUGACAUAAUAUCCUAUAAUUUUUUAAAUUUAAAAAGGAACAGAAUUUAUGACGUUAGGUACUUUCAAGAAUCAGAAUCAUAUUUUAACCGCAUCUCGACAUUGCUAAAGUACCUAAGUCGAGGUAACGUUCCCUUUAGUACUAGAAUCUUAUACAUAAUUCAUCGCAUUUCCCGAUAGCUUUUCCCUAGAGUGACCGAGAAAAAUAAAAGGUACAAUUCUGCUGUAUAAUAAGCUUUCUUAUUCAAUUGAUUACUAUCUUUCGGACAAUGUGAACAAAUACAAAAGAACAUGUGAAAUUUUGUUUAACUAUUUUUCAACUUAUAUAUGAAUGAAUUUUACGUAAACGAGUUUUUACAAUUUUUCAAGAAACAAUCAAUCUUCAUUGUAGACGGGUAGAUUGUUCAAAAGACAAUUUCCUGACUCGAUAGUUCUCUAAGAGUCGAGUUAUCUCAUAGUUACCCGUAUAGAGGACCUGUA